AUGGAGGGCGGCCACGCCGACGGGCACCGCUCCAGCGUGGCCGGCGGGCCCCCGCGCUGGGAGCUGGGCACGUACGUGGCGGGCGCCCUGGCGCUGCUGGGCAUCGCKGCCGUGAACCUGUGGAAGCUGUGGCGCUCCGGGCGCUGCCCCGCGCCCUCGCCCUUCCCCAACUACGACUACCGCUACCUGCAGCGCAAGUACGGAGCGGCGGCGCGCGCCCCGCGGCGCCCGCAGGUGAGCGCCACGCCGCGCCGCCCGCAGCCCUCGGAGGCGGGUGGCCCGGCCGGCCCGCGCGCAGCCGACGUGCUGGAGAGCGUCGACGAGCUGGGCAGCCUGGAGCUGAUGAGCCGGGAGCUGGGGCUGGCGCCCUACGGGCCGCUCAGGAAGUCGGUGUCGGCCGACUCGCUGAGCUCCGUGUCGUCCAUCGGCAACAGCUUCGGGCAGGAGUUCACGGUGGGCCAGCUGGAGGUGAGCGUGGAGUACGCGGCGCGGGCGCGCGCCCUGCACGUGGCGCUGCUGCAGGGCAAGGACCUGCUGGAGAGGGACGCCGGGCGCCCCGAGUCCUGCUUCGUGCGCGUGAGCCUGCUGCCGAGCGAGCGCCUCGUCGGCACCUCCCGGCCGCAGCGCAGCGGCGGCUCCGCGCACUUCGGGGAGCGCUUCUGCGUGCCGCUGGAGCCCGCGGCGCUCGAGGAGAACAGCCUGCGCUUCGCCGCCUUCGGCGCCGCCGAGGGCAGCGCGCCCGCGGGCGCCGCCGAGCUGCGGCUCUGCGACCUCGACCUGCCCGCGCGGCCCUUCACCGCCUGGCUCUACCUGCAGGACCCCAACAAGACGGUGGAUUCGGUGGGCGAGAUCCUGCUCUCGCUCAGCUACCUGCCCACRGCCGAGCGCCUGACCGUGGUGGUGGUGAAGGCCAAAAACCUCGUGUGGAGCAACGGCAAAGGCACCGCUGAUCCCUUUGUCAAGGUGUACCUGCUGCAGGACGGGAGGAAGAUCAGCAAGAAGAAGACGGCGGUGAAGCGGGAUGACCCGAACCCCGUGUUCAACGAGGCCAUGAUCUUCUCGGUGCCGGCCAUCGUGCUGCAGGAGCUGUCGCUGCGCGUGACGGUGGCCGAGAGCGGCGAGGACGGGCGCGCCGACGCCACGGGCCACGUGCUCAUCGGCCCCGCGGCCAGCGGCAUGGGCAUCACCCACUGGCACCAGAUGCUGGCCACGCUGAGGAAGCCYGUGUCCAUGUGGCACACGGUGCGAAGAAACUAAGGCUC